AUGGCUCCCGCCGCUUUAGUAGACCAACCCCCAACCGAAAAAGUCCCAAUCAAGCCAUGGGUUCGUCCCUCACCCACAGAAGAGAAGCUUGAUUGGGCUCCACUUGUUGAAAUUGAUCUAUCUCGUUUCGACGAGCCCGGCGGAAAGGAAGAGCUCGCAAAACAACUAUACGAUGCGGUGACCCGAGUCGGGUUUUGGGUGGUGGUAGGCCACGGGCUUGGCGACGAGCAAGUCCUACGCCAAUUCAGUAUCGGAGAUGCAUUUUUCAAAGAGUCCCUGGAGGAGAAACGAAGCUUUGAAUGCAAUUUCUCCGAGGGUGAGUAUUUCGGCUAUCGGGAGAACUCGAGGUGGAUUGGAGAGACGGGUGUCAAAGAUAACGUAGAAAUGCUUAAUGUUCCCAAAGCCAUCCCUGAGUGGGAUGAUGUUCCUAAACACCGGGUUGUUCGUCAGAACUACGAUGAGAUUGCGGACUUCCACCGCGAUCUUUUUGACAAGGUUAUCAGGAAGUUAUUCGUCCUUAUGGCGAUUAUCCUAGAAUUGCCGGAAAAUUUCCUCGUUGAUGCCCAUGCAUAUAACAAGCGCUCUGAUGACCAUUUGCGAUAUAUGAUUUACAACACCCGCACCCAAGAAGAGUGGGACAAGGCACAGGGCUAUACCAAAGGUGGUCACACGGACUUUGGUAGCUUGACGCUGCUUUUCUCUCAACAUGUUGCGGGCUUGCAGAUCCGCACGUCUGAUGGAGAUUGGAAAUACGUGAAGCCGGUCGAGGGUGGGAUUACGUGCAAUGCUGCUGACACGUUAUCAUUCCUUACCAAUGGUUUCAUCAAAUCCACAAUCCAUCGUGUUGUGACACCCCCCAGAGAUCAGAUCAGUAUCCCUCGUCUUGGAUUACUCUAUUUCUGUCGACCAGGAGAUCAUACUGUUAUGAGGACAGUGCCAUCGCCUGUGCUUGAGCGUCUGGGCUUGCUCUCGGAAGAAGAUAAAGACCAGAGUCAGCCUGCUGCUACGGGGACUGAAUACGUUCGAGCGCGGGUUCGGGAUGUCCACCAUAGGACUGUCAUUGACCGGCGGGAAAACACGUCGUUCGAGUUCAAGGGACUGAAAGUGCCGAAUUAUUAUAACUAA